UCUCCCCUCUGGUAUCAAAAUUUGUCUCCACCCCAGCCCAGAUGAAGAAGAAAAAGUUUCUAGGCACCAUCCUCCUCCUUUUCUCCUUCUCAGCAUUCUCAUUCAUCGUGUUCAUCGUACAACCAGAUAGGUUAUACCUACACGGGGUCAUUUUUGAGGUUCGCGUCAUCAAUGGCUUCAAAAACAACUCCUCUUUGCCUUUAGUGAUAUGGUGUUCAUCAAAAGAGAGUGAUUUGGGAGGAAGGGCUUUGCAAGAACAUGAUGAUUUCAGCUGGAAAGUAACAACAAAACUUUGGAAGAGCAACCAAUUCUCUUGUACCGUGAAAUGGGAUGCCAAAAGGAAAUCCUUUGAUGCCUUUAAGGUUCCUAGGGACUUUUAUCGAUGUGGGAAUUUCAAGAAAUGUUCUUGGUUGGUUACUGAAGAUGGCUUCUAUUUUAGCCCUGAUGAGAUUAAUUGGAAAAAGGAUUUUCAAUGGUGAUCAAAUUUAAAUAGCAUGUUUCUAGUAAUUUUUUUUCUUUUUUCACUUUAGGUUAAUAAUAUAAAUGUAACAUGUCGGAGGUUUGAUGAACCUCAUGCUGUACUUAGAUCAAUGCAAUAAUACAUAUU